AUGCACUUUCUUCUCCAACGCAUACAUCGAGCAUGGUCUGAAGGCAAGGUAGCCUCGUUACUGCUACUCGACGUGUCCGGAGCAUACGACAACGUAUCUAAGGAAAGGUUGUUGCACAACUUGAGGAAACGCCGCGUCAGUAUGGGGAUUGUGAACUGGGUCGCCUCAUUUCUCACCAGUCGAUCGACCAGCCUCAAGCUCCAGGAAUACACAGACCCUUCGACAGCGAUCCAAACCGGCAUCCCGCAAGGCUCACCUAUCUCGCCAAUCCUAUAUCUCUUCUACAACGCCGACCUCAUUGAGGCCUUCAAGACAAGCGAGACGGAAGCAGUCGGGUAUAUUGAUGAUGUGUCAAUUCUAGCGAUCGGCCCGACGGCACCACGCAACUGCAAGACCCUCAAGGCCAUCCACCGGAAGGCUGAAGAAUGGGCAUUGAAGCAUGGAUCGCAGUUUGCCCCCGCAAAGUAUGAACUUGUGCAUUUCUCCAGAGAUCCUAGUUACAAUACCACACACGCCCUCCGCCUCCCACAUGCCACGAUUACAGCGUCACAGUACUGCCGCUACCUUGGACUCCAGCUUGACACCAAACUCCGGUGGGGUCACCACCGCGAGAAGAUGGAAGCAGCAGCUACGAAGAGGCUGUCCGCUCUGUCAGCCUUAGCGUCGUCUACCUGGGAUACAGGAACGGUCAACCUGCGGCAAGUGUAUCGGGCUAUGAUUGUGCCGCAGAUGUUGUACGGCUGCUCUGCAUGUGCCAUCUUCACCGACAACCAAGCUGCCAUCCGAGCGAUUCGAGAUCCCAAGACUCCGUCCGGACAAUACAUACUCGUUGAGGCAACCCGCGCGCUCGACCAGCUCCGCAAUCUUGGGAUACAGGUCAAAUUCCGUUGGAUCCCGGCGCAUGUCGGAGUGCCAGGCAACGAAGCCGCGGAUCGAGCCGCUAAGGAAGCGGCAGAGAACCACCUAGGAGAACCAGAACCGGAGACGCUCAAGACCCUCAUGGCAACAACAAAAUCGAUUAUCCGCAAGACCAUGAAGGUCGAGUGGGAAGCCUCCUGGGAGAAGGCCAAGCACGGCAGAGAGCUGUUCAAGCUUGGGGUCAAACCAGGAAAAGCAACACUUGACCUCCACGCCGGAACACACAGGGCCAUCAGCUCGGCCAUCACCCAGAUGCGCACCGGCAAGAUCGGCCUGCGCGCAUACCUAGCCAAAAUCGACAAAGUUGAAACUGACAAAUGCGAAUGUGGCUAUGGCCCCCAGACCAAGCAGAACAAGAAGAGAGACAACGAUAGAGGAGGGCUAGUGUUCAAGCGGAAGGGAGAGCAACCUCACUGCAGGAAUGGCCUGUUUUGA